ACACACCUGUGAACGAGGGCUGAGCUGGGCGCGGAAGCUCAAAAUGUGGGGGUUCAUCUCCUACCUGAACAGCCCCGAGCUGGUGGCCAGCUUCCAGCGGUGCUGCGGCCUGGUUCCGAGAGAGACGUGCUCGUAUGUUAGUCGAAACGGACUCGUACACUCGAAUGGAUCCGGUAAGGACGUUCCGGUCACGAUCCACCGGCGCAAAGCGGAGCAGGUGGCGAACGGGACGUCACGCGCACACGACAGUAACUCCAACUAUAAAUCCGCCAGUUCACAGUAUCAAACCAAAGGCGAAGAGCAUCCCGGGCCUCAUUAUGAGGCGAGGAACUGGCUCUUUUACUUCCUGUUUUUGACAUCGGCCACUCUGGGGCAUGAGGUCUUUUACAUCACCUUCCUGCCCUGCAUCCACUGGAACCUUGACCCGUUUCUGUGCAGGCGGCUCGUCAAUGUGUGGGCUGUAAGUGGCUGAGAAAAUCACAC